GGGGGCCUACUUUAGGGGCGGGACUGUGACAGGUUAUACCCAUGCACGGAUUAGGGCGCUGGGCGAAACUCCGCUCGAUAGGAGCAGGAUGUAAAUAUGGGACAGAGGGGUCAUGGCGGAGAUGUGGCAACUCCCAGCGCCGGAAUCAGUGUGGGAGCUGGAGUCUGGACCGCGUGCGACUAUUUUGGGGCGUGAUCAGACUUGGGGGUGGGAUUAACGGGAAAGAGACCAAUCCUAGUGGUAGGAUCCGUGUCCUGCGCUCAACUUGCUCGUCGUAGCCUGGGCCGAAUGAAGUAUGCGCUCGGCUUGGGGGCGUGGCCAGACCGGAGGCAGGGGACAUGGCCAAUUAUUGUGACUCAGAGGCGCCGCCGAUUUCGGGGGCGUGGCCAGGCAUGUGGGCCCCGGUAUCUGUACCAAUCCUAAUGUUAGCUUCUGAGUAGGGUGGGACGUGCCAAGAAGGAGUGGCCAGUCCAGUAACAGAGCGCACCCCCCCACCGCCCCGAAGCGUGGGCUAAACUGUGGGCGUGGUCUGUCAAGGCCUUGGCCAAUCUUGGAGCUAGGCCGGGCUCAAGGGCGGAGUUUCGAGGUGCCGGAACCAGUGACGGGAUUCUGGCCUGAGGUGGGCGGGGACUAGCAGGAGCGUGGCCAAUCUCGCCAAGUCGCGAGCGGGCCUCCGGGUGCCGGGUCGUCCGGAGGCGGUCGGUUCCGCGGGGGCGUGGCGGGGCCUGGACAGCGGCCUGGGCCAUGUCCGCACCACCGCCGCUGCAGAUCCGCGAGGCGAACGCGCACCUGGCGGCCGUGCACCGGCGCGCAGCGGAGCUAGAGGCGCAGCUGGACGCGGCCGAGUGCACGGUGAGCACCCAGGCCGAGCGCCUGGCCCGUCACGACCAGCAGAUGCGCGCCGCCCUGGACGAGCUGGGCCGCGCCAAGGACCGUGAGAUUGCCACUCUCCAAGAGCAACUGCUGACCUCUGAGGCUGCCGUCCGUAGCCUGCAGGCUGCCCUGCGCCAGAGGGACGAGCUCGUCGCGCAGUUGCAACUGCGUGCUAAGCUACUGCAGGAUAUUUGCCGCCGCCGGCCGCCCCUGGCUGGGCUGCUGGCUGCCCUGGCUGAAGCCGAGCGCCUGGGACCCCUGCCAGUGAGUGAUCCUGGCCACCCACUGCCUGGCAUGCCCAGUCCACCCCUUGCCAACAGCACUGGGGCUGAGGGGGGCAGGGAUCACCUCCAGCCUGCAGUGUUUGGGACCACCGUGUGAGCCCCGGAGCACAGAUUCCAGACUGGAGACAGAAGGCCCAGUGGGGACUUUUUUGGCCACUGUGUGUGUCCUCGGGGGUCAUCAGUGUCCCGGAGGGGACCCCACGGUACAGCCAAAAUCCUUUCCAAGCAUCAGAACCUGCUAAAAUGUCAUAGGUUGGCAGUGGGCAGGUCAAGUGCAGAUGUUUGGACCAGGCUGACAUUUUUUUUUAAAACAAACUGAAUCAAUCAAACGUUGAAAAAUUAGCAACGUUUACACAAAAAUCUGUACUUCUGGCUUUAGACUUGGCCAUGCCUGCUUGGAUCUGAGCCCAGGAUACCCUCUUUAGCCAGAGUGUGAGUUUCAGUUGGCCCCCUCAUCUCUCUCAGAGCCAGAUAUCUGGCUCCUGGAUCUGGCUCCUGAAGCAUCGGAGCUAGAGAUCUCUCUUGGGAGGAGUCAGAUGCCUCAAGUUCCACAUUAUUGGGGCUUUUCUCCCCCCACCCCCGAUUUUUGUUCAUCCUGAAGCUCCUCCCAUCACUGUUUCUUACUCUUUAUCCCAGAACUGGGAGCUUCAAGAUUCAUUCUCUUGCACUGGCUAUUUGAAGACACACUUUAAGAAUCCUGGAUAUCUUUUUCCUAGCUCUGUCCUUCCCUCAACCUUUAACCCAGAAAGGAGUGUGCCUGUAGGACAUGCCGAGGUGCUGGCAGCCAGGCUGUGCUGCCCAGGGAAACUUGGGCCGACCCCGACAGUCACGGGGCCCUGGUGCUUGUGCAGGCAACUCCACAAGCACGGCUUUCUGGAUAGCCACCUGCCUCAGGCUGUUACCUUCUGCUGAGAAUGCUCUUCCCCCAGAUGUCACAUGACCGGCCCCUUUACUCAGGUUUUUAGUCGCAGGUCUUAUCUCAGAGGCCAUCCCCGACCACCUUAACUGGAGGAAUCCUGCCCUCCCCACAUUGCCCUGUAUUUUCUUUAGGGAACCUCUAUUAGGUUGUAAGGUCCACGAGGGUAGGGUUUUGUUCUGUUUGCCACUAGUGCCUAGCACAUCCUGGGACCCUUGUGGAACAGGAUGGAUUGUGGGCCCUGAAGGAAGCCAGGGGCCCCAGCACAUCUGGUGUGCACCCCAGGCCAGCCACAGCUUUUGCUGCAAGUGCCUGGCUCCUUUUUAUAUUUCCUAGAGAAUCUAUUUUUUAACUGGUUUCUAUGCUGCCCUUCUUGGCCAGAAACAUUUAGGGCGCUUUGCUUUUUAUCAAACCAGGGAACCCUGUGCCCUCCUCUGUCCAGCCGAAGUGCCCAGCCUGGUGCCCUAGCAGCCGGUUCCUGGCCUCCUCACUCAGGGAAUUGUCCCACCGGGAACCGUUGAGGGGCAGGGCCCAUUUCGGUCCGGAAAGGUUGACGUCCAUCCCCAGCCCUCGGGAUGGUGCUGCCUUCCUGCCUGCCUGGCGUCUAACAGUGACCCCUCAGUGUAGUAACAAUGGCUUGUUUUCUCUUCUGGAUGAAUAAGGGGUGCUGAUUGCACAAGAAGGCAGGCUGGGGCCUGUCUGUGCUCAAGAAUAAACCAGAUUUAUCGGC